UGAGUGCUGAUAACAGGAGCAAAAUUUCGUGUUAUUUAUUUAUUUCGAUUCUCUGCAAAAACUAUUUAAUCGUGAUAUUUCCGGUCUUCACAAGCAAUAAUCCAACCAAAAGGGCGCUCUAUUUAACUCGUGUGAUACGCGUAAGAUUAGUGAUUCAAGUUCCAAGUUCCUGAUCGGGUCCGGAUUCGCCGAUGAGGGAUGAUGGUACAGAAGUGGAAAAUGGUACAGAAUAAGUUGCAGUUCACUGGUGCUAGAAUGUAGAACGCAUGUAUCAGUGUGUAGUGUGUAGUGUGUUGUGAAUUGUGUUUUGCAAACGUGGCCAGAGUAGAUUCCGCAUCUUAGCCACCGCUCUAUCAUCGCCUUCCAACGUCGUCUACCGCAGAAGCAUCGCAGCAGCAUCAGUUGAAAUUGUGUUGUCAGUAGCAACAACGGCAACGUUAACAGGCUCAUUAAAUUCAGCUCCGCUCUAAAACCGUUGGGAGGAAGAAAUCCACACCUCACCCACUCCCACCUUCCUUCUUCCUUCCCCUGGUUGAACCCUCCCCGUACGCCAAGCUGGAUAAUUCAAUCGUAAAUCGGUACCUGAGCGCCGCGGACGACGACUUCGUACAGUGCGUGGAACUCGACAUCCGGCGCUUCAUCGAGCGGGCCAACCCAAAGGCUGUGCUGAUCUUCCCACCGUUCAGCAGCUAUCGUCGCUUUCUGGUUCACCGGGUGUGCGCAAGUCGAUCCUUCAACCAGCAUGACAUCGUAACCUUCUCCAUCGGGAUCGGUGACGAACGGCGCACGGUCGUUUGCUUGCGGCAUCAACUAUUGCUGGACGUUAAGGCAAACCACGGGAAACGGUUCGAAGAAUCGACCGGCGGCGAAUACGGUGCAACUGCGGCCAAAACUUCUCAUUACACCAGCUGGCGUAGUUCAACGACUCCACCGACAGCGUCCACCAGCACCAUCAGCACGAGCAGCUGUGGUAGUCGAACCGGUAGCAACAUUCACGCAACUACUACCACAAGCUCCACCACGACAAACUGUAGCAUCAGUGAAAGACAAGACGGGUCAGCGAAUCAGGACAACAACAUGGGCACGGACACUAUUCUUCUGCAGAGUGGUGGUGGCGCUAUCGGCGUCCAUCAGCAACAAUCACAUCUGUUCGAUAAGGAUGUUGCUGCGUUCGGUGAAGCGAUGAAAGAUCCACCGCCUCAUUCCGAAUCGAACGGGGGACCGGGCACCGGCGUGAAGUUCCCGCCCGUAGUUGGAAUUUAUCGUCCACCGGCGGCAAGGCGGGCCCUGAAUCUAGCGGAAAACGUUGUGCAUCAGCUCGCGCCACCGGCUGCCUGCGAACAUCCGAACGAUUAUGGUCAUUUAGCACCGACCACCCAUCAUCCACCGGCAGCAUCUCGCCACCAGCAGCACCAGGUGCAGCUUCUGCUACACACAACUGCGACCGGUACCCAGCCGGACCAGCCAUUAAUCGCACCAGAUUCCAGAGAAGGCCAUCCGAUAAGAAAGGAUAAAGCGGGUGCAUGCGAAAAAACUGGUCACACCAGACCGGAACCAGACGUGCAGACGGCAUUGCGGACGAACGUUCCGGAUGGUGCGAUAGGAGGAAGUGUCGACAGCAGCAGCAUCACCGGAACUAGUGGCAGCAGAAACGGCAACGAAAUCACCUCACCAAGUGCAAGGACCAACCGACCUCCUCGUGAACGACGGCCAGAUCGUGCAGUGUAUGUUCCGCGCGCUCGCCGUAGCUUAACAACACCUCCCGCAACCCCGUCUCAACCACAAUCUUCUCCUGCUGAACCUACAUCUCCAGCCAAGGGUUUAUUGCGCACAGCGGCUUCUAAUCGUGUGCAACCACGUCCCGAACCGGGGUCAUCAUCUGAACCGGUAACAGCACCAAUAUCAUCAACAACCUUCCAACCAGUGUCUUCCAAAGAAGUUGUUAAGUUAAAAGAGAGCAAACGUAAGCUGUCGGAACUUACAACAGCCGGGCAGCUAACGACAAGCGGCAAUACUGACACACUGAACUGUGAUACUGUGAUAAAGGCGGAGGCUCCGUUAAAUGCUCACAAACCAGCUGUCGGUGAGGUUUCAUUAGAAUCGUUUAAAAAGCGAAACAAUAGUUUAGAAGAGCAUCAACCACAACGGCAGGAACUUCAGCCUUGCUCUACAGGAUUGGGUGAGGUGGAGAACUCUAGCCAAGAAGUGUCGCAGGACCUUUCCGACCCCAAACCAUUCGAAGUCACGAUGCAUCGCAACAAUCAACGGAACAACCGUAAUGUGCGGAAUGCGACCAGCAUGCCAUCACCACUUGCCACCAGUAUGCUCAUUACCGAUCCGAACGGGACAGAAAAGCUCGAUCGCGAUGAGAAGGAACUGCGACGCGCUUCGCAGGAAAUUAAUCGUAGCAACCGGCGCAUUAUGAAGCAAACGUUCAACUCGGACGUACUGGAAAUCGAUGAUCCUGCACCUGCGCCAGUACCGGUGGUACAAAAACCGGCUAAAGUUAUGCGGGCACCUGUGGUAGCCACCGAGCCAAAGAAGGUUGAGGUAAAGAAGCCAACUGGCACGUUGGGAAGCGUGGGAGCUGUUUCGAACGGAACUGCAAUCAAUAAUGGUAGUUCGGCUGAAGGAGAAGAGGAUGAGGAUGAUUGGGAAACAAUGUACGAUGAUAAUGGUGAUUGUUUGAAUCCUAAGAUGCUCGAAGAACUCACCACGGCUGUGGGGAAAGUGUCGAUUGAAACGCCCCAAUCGGAUUAUAAGUUGUUCGAGACAAAGCAGGCUGUGCUGAAUGAAGAAGAGUUUCCACACGUGCUGGAAGUGUCCAACUUUCCGGCCGAAUUCAAAACCCAGGAUUUGAUGAUGCUGUUCUCGCAGUACAAGGAGAGUGGGUUCGACAUCAAAUGGGUCGACGACACUCAUGCGUUGGCUGUGUUCAGUAGCUCAAAAAUUGCUGCUGAAGUACUCACUACAGGCCUUUCGUUUGGGCGCGUGAAACCGCUUGGCGAAGCUACGGCAGAGUCGCGAUCGAAGGCCCGCAAGUGUGCUAGCUCGCUGCAACCGUACCGUGCCCGCCCCGAAACGUGUGCCGCGAUGGCACGCAGGAUGGUAACGUCAGCACUCGGCGUAAAGCUAAAAACGGCACCUGAGGAACGUGAAAAUGAACGUCGAGUUCUGCGUGAAGCCAAAGAACGAAAAAGACUCGCGGCCAAGCAGCGAGAUGAGGUUUGGGACAGCUAGUGCUAAGGACACCUAGCUGGUGGAACCUUCAUCAAACGCACCUUCACGGGUCAAACAUCUAUCGUUUCACGUUUUAAGCUGCCACGGUUGCCAUAUCCUUUAUAAGAUGAAAAAUUGUAAUUUUGUUUCAAGUAAACAAUAGAUCUCGUGGACCGUCACGUCACCGAGUGCAGCUUGGGAAAACGGUCGAUGGAGGAAAAAUCCCACAAAAAAAAAAAACAACGGUAGAUGCGGCAGGCAGGUGCAGCGUAUUUGUGUAUGCAUUUUUAUUUUAUACUUUUUUGUUUGUUUUUGGAACACCCCGUAAAUGCGGAGGGCGUUAGGUAAAACUAGUUUUACAUAGAUUCAUCCCUGGGAUUAGGACCACUGUGAAACAACAAACAGUACAAGCACCGUUAACGCCAAUGAACGGGAUGGGUGAUGUCAGCAACAUACACUGAUUUUGUAUUAUUAUUGUGAGGUUGUUUGAAACGGUGUACAGUCAGUAAAACACGUAGAUAUGGGUUCAAAUCCCCUUGCGAAUCGAGCGCUCGAUAUCCGAUCAAGUUUGUUCAAUCAAGUCUCAGUUGGCCAAGAUCUGGAGGUUUUGGAGCCUAAAACGGAAGAAAAUGUUAAGAGAGUGAUCGGUGGUCAGCUGUUUUGUAUUAGGGAUCGGGAAGUUUAGUUUAUUAUUCUUACACACUAGAAGAGUUUCAAGAAGGAUCGAAGAGUCAUGCAUGGAGUAAUCAAUCAAACCCGAUUACAAAUAUAUUAGAAAUUGUCUACGAUAGAUGUAUGUGCAUUCGUGCAUGUUAAAGACAGUGGAACGUAGCAUACUUAAAACCAGCAUAUAUAUAUUAUAUAUACAAGAUGUGUAAAGGCGUGAGUGGCAAUUUUUGUCAGCUCGUUCGCCACAGCGUUUAUAUCUCUUAUUUACAAAGCAACAAUAAUCAUGAGAAAUGAUCCUAAUAAAGAAUGUAAUUCAGAUGUUUAA